AUGUCCAACGUACAGCUUUGCCUCGCCCACUACUGUGACCACCAUGGGCCAACUCCGCUCAUGGUCACGGAAGGGCUUCAAGCAGCCUGCUCUACCUGCUUUGAAGAACCUGCUAAGAGCAACAGCCCGCCUCGCUCAAACCCCGCUGGCAACUCGCAAGAUGCCAAAGGCCCUCGCAGCGGAUUGUUAGUCGCUUUUGACCACGAUGGAAGGUCUCGCCGCUCCGCCAUGCGCUCGCCCUCUGCUAGUUCGCCAAUGUCGAGCCCGGUACUGGAGACACCGCCGGAAAGCCCCCGUUCAGUGCAUCAAACCACCGGGCGUGAAUCCAACUUCAGGCGCACUUACGAUGAGACCGUUACCAAGAAGCAGGGCCCUUGCGAUAACUGCGCCAUGACGCUGCCUCGGCGGCAACAUUCCCCCACGGCCCCAAGUGACAAUACGCCAACGCUGAGGACGCGGGCACCUGCUGAGCGAGUCUACGGCUCGCCGGUUCGCGCUGGUUCUCCCCGUUCCCAGUGUUCAAGCGACACGGAUGGAGAUCGGGAUCUACCGCGCCGUGCUCGUGCCCGUACCUCUGCCCAACCCGGCAGCUCCCGCACCACCUCAUGCUCCAGCACCUCGACAACCUCGGACCGAGCCUCCUCUCAUGUGCACUACAUUGACUACACGUCGACACAUGAACCGGUCCUUGGCCACUCAUUUUCUCUAAUCCGCGCAUCUUGCUUGAGAGCACUCUCAUUCGAGACUUUGCCGCGGGCACCCGCCACCUCGGUUCCUCUCUCACCACAAUCCAACAACGCGCCUGCUUUUGUCACCACCCAAAGUGCGGGCUCUGCUGCCACCGGCGGGCCCAUUUUCUUCGGUGAUGCCGUCGCUGGGUAUACCACAGCUUACAUCUUCCGCCUUCCGGACGUGCACGCUCGCGGGCACAAGCGCGUCUACGCGUUUUUGGCUCACAGCACACACAAGGAGCGACUAGCCAUGAAGUCAUAUACAGUCAUCUCCAACGCUUUCCGCGACCUGACUGGAUGGAUUCAGCAACUGGUCGAGGCUGAGGCUGAGCGUGUGGCCGAUCCUUUGACCACCGGCAGCGCCAAUGGUAGUGCAGAGGUAUCCCCGGCGCCGCCAAGCCAGUCGGCCUUUGACUCUGCGGCGGCCAUUGACCGCAGCGCGAGUAGCUUUCUCAGCGGCGGCAGCGGGUUCACCCGACGGAUGGGUGCCAGUGGUAGCGCAUCCUCACUCAAGGCCCGUGGCUUGGCUGAGCUGGCUGGUCAGCCUGACAUUUUCAUUGAGCUGCAUAAGCGCUUCGUGCAGCUCUUAUUUGAGAUUGGUGUGGCCCUCAACUCUUGA